UAAAGUAAAGUCCGGGCGCCAGCGGCCGAAGGAGUGCGCGCGACGCGCGGGACGGGGCGCGACACGAGGAGGGUAUCGCGGGAUGACGAAGUCGACCGACCGCCGCGGGGGUCUCCACUUUUUAACGCAUGCGAGCGGAUGACGGAGCUGCGCACGCUGACCCGCCCUGGCGCUUCCCCCUUCGGACGCAUCUGGCUGCUCUCAGACAUUCCCGGCACACAGCGAGUUCCUUCGGCAGCGAUCGCCUCUGGCCGCCCGGUAAGCGUUGGAUCCCUCAACGUAUUGCGACACUCCGGUGUACCCCCCGGACCUCUGCCCCAACAUGAUUGCCACACAGGCCAAGCUGGUGUACCAGCUCAACAAGUACUACAACGAGCGGUGCCAGACGCGCAAGGCGGCCAUUGCCAAGACCAUCCGGGAGGUGUGCAAGGUGGUGUCAGACGUCCUGAAGGAGGUGGAGGUGCAGGAGCCGCGCUUCAUCAGCUCCUUGAGUGAGAUUGAGGCACGCUAUGAGGGCAUGGAGGUCAUCUCCCCAAAUGAGUUUGAGGUGGUGCUCUACCUCAACCAAAUGGGGGUCUUCAACUUUGUGGACGAUGGGUCUUUACCAGGAUGUGCGGUGCUGAAGCUCAGCGAUGGACGCAAGAGGAGCAUGUCCUUGUGGGUGGAGUUCAUUACGGCAUCUGGGUAUCUCUCUGCCCGAAAAAUCAGAUCCAGGUUCCAGACCCUGGUGGCACAAGCAGUGGACAAAUGCAGCUACCGCGAUGUGGUGAAGAUGGUGGCGGACACCAGCGAGGUAAAGCUGAGGAUCAGGGAAAGGUACGUGGUUCAGAUCACUCCAGCUUUCAAGUGCACAGGCAUUUGGCCCAGGAGCGCAGCCCAGUGGCCCUUGCCCCACAUCCCGUGGCCUGGUCCUAACCGGGUGGCAGAGGUCAAAGCUGAAGGCUUCAACCUGCUCUCCAAGGAGUGUUACUCACUGACCGGUAAGCAAAGCUCGGCAGAGAGCGAUGCUUGGGUGCUGCAGUUCAGUGAGGCCGAGAACAGGCUCCUCAUGGGCGGCUGCAGGAAGAAGUGCCUGUCCAUCCUGAAGACCCUGCGGGACCGCCACCUGGAGCUGCCCGGACAGCCCCUCAACAACUACCACAUGAAGACACUGCUCCUGUACGAGUGUGAGAAGCACCCGAGGGAGACUGACUGGGACGAAUCCUGUCUAGGAGACCGUCUCAACGGGAUCCUUCUGCAGCUCAUCUCCUGCCUGCAGUGCAGAAGGUGCCCUCACUACUUCUUACCCAACCUGGACCUGUUUCAGGGCAAACCUCACUCAGCCCUGGAGGCUGCGGCCAAGCAGACCUGGAGACUGGCCAGGGAGAUCCUCACCAAUGCCAAAAGCCUGGACAAACUAUAGACAGCAGAGCCCACCGAAAAAGAAAGUGAGGAACCUUGGAGGACAUUUCCAUGUGAGUGGACUAAAACUAAUCUUUUAAUUCUCCAAAAAAUGUGAAAAAAUUGGUGAUUUUACCAAGAAGCAAAAGGGGACAUUUGCAAGAAGGAAGUCUGAAGGUACAUUUAAGAUAAAUGUAUUAUUCCCUCUGUCAUUUUUGGUUUUGAAUGUUUUCACAAAGUGAAGAAUCUUUUUAUUUAAAUAUCGUGCAUAAAAUCUUUAAUGCAAAAAUUUAAAAAAAAAAUAAGAUGACGAGUGCCAAGUUCAGAUUUUGAUCAUGUGACCAUAAAACUGAGGUGUUAAUAAAAAGAAAACAAGU